UAUAGAUCAAGAUAUAAAUACCAGGAAAACAGGUAUUUCUAGGUAUUCCUCGUACCUUCCUCGCUUUAAGCAGGUAUUUAUCAAAUAAAUACUUCAUCUACAUUUGUCAAUUACCAAAUUUCAGUAAUUUUAUCUCGUUAUUUUUCCGAUUAAAUACUCGCAAGUCCGACUCUGUGCAGUCUCCUGUCAAAACACUUUUAUGUAAUUGUGAUUUUUUCCUUGUGAUUUUUUGAAACUGUAUUAAUUAUGUUUAACAAUAUGGUUAUACGAAAAUGCCUACUACCUGCGGCUGUAGCAGUUGUAACCGAAGUAAAAUCUGCAUCAAACACGAAAAGUGACGAAAAUAAAGAUAGCGUUUGUAGGCCUAGCGAGCUUCCCAUAUACAGCUCAGAUCAGCAACUUGGUAAUGUAGCAGUCCAAGAAACCAAAGAACCUAAUAUUAUUGAAGUAUCCUUUAGAAAUAUCAGACAAGUGUUAUUUAAAUAUUCAGAAGAGUUUAAAGCAUACGAAAAAGUGGCACAGGACAGCUUUACUGAAAGCAAACAGAAUAUUGAAUGGUUAGUUGAUUAUCUACGUCAAGAAGAUAACUCCUUACCUAAGGCGGGAGCUAUAGGAAUUGGAGCCCUAACAGGUCUUAUUUUUGGUCUUCGUGGAGGUAUUUUUAAAAGAACUCUAUACGCUGCUACAGGGGCUUUAGGUAUGGCAUCAGUGUGUUAUCCCAAAGAAGCCUCUGAAUAUUCACAAGUUGGGGCAGCGGAAGGAAAAAAGAUUUUAACUAUAGCUUAUAACUUUGUUUAUGGAGUUAAAAAAGACGAACCACCAUUAGAAUUACCAUCCUUACCAAAAUUACCAACGAACGUUUCUGACUUGUGGGAUUCUAUUAAAAACCAAACAUCAUCUAUUUUUUCAGAUCAGGCAUCACAGGACGUGAAUACACCAGAAACUGUGAGUAAUGAUCCGAAUGUCAGUUCGAAAAAUCCUAUCCAGCAAAUUUCUUUAUCAGAACCUAUAACAGAACCUUCAGAUGAUACCGUCUUGAAUGAUAUUCCUCCCAGUUCCUUUCCUGAUGACAUGGAAUGAUCAUCCUUUAAUCCAGAGUCCAUUUUUAAAAGCAAAUCAGCCAAAUAAUAUGGUAAUUGUAUAAAUAAAUAACGUCUGUUAAUUUACUUGUAUCUGUUAAAUUAUGUGUAAAAAUAUAUAAUAUAUAUCAUAAGAA